AUGGAUGGUAGGGUGGGCUUUGGGCUUUGGGGAUGGUUCGGCUUGUGGGAGUGUGUUGGAUGUUGGAUGUUGGAUGUUGGAUGUUGGAUGUUGGAUGUUGGAUGUUGGAUGUUGGAUGUUGGAUGUUGGAUGUUGGAUGUUGGAUGGGUUGGGUGGCGAUUAUAG